GGAGUCUGUGGUGACUCGGCUGGCGGGAUCAAGUGCAGCUGUUUCAGGCUGAGUGGCAGAUAGUGAGCGCUGGUGGCGGAGUUAGUCAGAGCAGGAGAGUAAUUAUGAAUAGCGCAGCGGGAUUCUCACACCUAGACCGUCGCGAGCGGGUUCUCAAGUUAGGGGAGAGUUUCGAGAAGCAGCCGCGCUGCGCCUUCCACACUGUGCGCUAUGACUUCAAACCUGCUUCUAUUGACACUUCUUCUGAAGGAUACCUUGAGGUCGGUGAAGGUGAACAGGUGACCAUAACUCUGCCAAAUAUAGAAGGUUCAACUCCACCAGUAACUGUUUUCAAAGGUUCAAAAAAGCCUUACUUAAAAGAAUGCAUUUUGAUUAUUAACCAUGAUACUGGAGAAUGUCGACUAGAAAAACUCAGCAGCAACAUCACUGUAAAAAAAACAAGAGUUGAAGGAAGCAGUAAAAUUCAGUAUCGCAAAGAACAACAGCAACAACAAAUGUGGAAUUCAGCCAGGACUCCCAAUCUUGUAAAACAUUCUCCAUCUGAAGAUAAGAUGUCCUCAGCAUCUCCAAUAGAUGAUAUCGAAAGAGAACUGAAGGCAGAAGCUAGUCUAAUGGACCAGAUGAGUAGUUGUGAUAGUUCAUCAGAUUCCAAAAGUUCAUCAUCUUCAAGUAGUGAGGAUAGUUCUAGUGACUCAGAAAAUGAAGAUUGCAAAUCCUCUACUUCUGAUACAGGGAAUUAUGUCUCAGGACAUCCUACUAUGACACAGUACAGGAUUCCUGAUAUGGAUGCCAGUCAUAACAGAUUUCGAGACAACAGUGGCCUUCUGAUGAAUACUUUAAGAAAUGAUUUGCAGCUGAGUGAAUCAGGAAGUGACAGUGAUGACUGAAGAAAUAUUUAGCUAUAAAUAAAAAUUUAUACAGCAUGUAUAAUUUAUUUCGUAUUAACAAUAAAAAUUCCUAAGACUGAGGGAAAUAUGUCUUAACUUUUGAUGAGAAAAGAAAUUAAAUUUGAUUCAGAAAUUUCA